UCGUCUCGGGGCAAAUAGACCAGUGACUAAUUCGGAGGCAUCGCGGUUCGACUGGGAUACCUCCUCGUGGUAUCUAACGGUGCAAGUCGUCACGAUCGUCGCCGCGAUUAUAAUGUAUGUAUUAUACGCAUAUAGACAACUGUAACAGCCGUAUAACUCGCGCACCCGCCGCGGCUUCGCGUACAUAUUAUAUACGUUUCGUGUGAAUAAUAAUAUUGUUGGCGAGAUAAAUAUGAUUUAUUGACGUCCAUUCGUGCCGUUCACAGAGACCGUAUAUUUUCGUAUUUAUUUUUUUUUUAAUUCGACUGGGUCGUCCGUUGUAUUCUAAUCCGUUCCUUCCGAAAGUUCGGUGCAGUGCAUAGACCAUCGUAAACUAUAGUGUUACUGCAGUACAAUACUUGGCCGUUGGCCGUCGCAUCGCGGACAGCUGUCUUUAAAAAAAAAAACAAAGUGCCGGGCGAUUGAAUGCAUUCGAUAGAAAACGUAUGCAGCGCCAAAGAUUUAGGAGUAUUCAGAAAUGAAAUACGAAUAUCAGAGGAAUUGAGAUUAUCUUUGAACACGAAAUUGGGAUCCGGUUUUAACGAGAAAUAAAGACAAAGAUUUUAAGCUUAAGACGAAAAGUAGACGGAUUAAUGCAAUGAAAAACUUUAAAUGAUUGCGGUCAUCUAGCAGUGAUGGAGUUGUUUCCAGUGGUCUCUAUAAUUCUAUUAUACGCCGUCGUGGUUACCAGAGCAACAUUUGAAAACGAUGGAAAUCUUGAAGCAUUACUCAAUCACGUUUUAUGGGAACCUACUACGAGCAAUUCGCCGACAACAGAAGAAGAUAAAGUUGCUCCAUAUUUUGAUGAAACAUCUACCCACAACAACGUCACAGUCCAAAUUGGAGCAAACGUUGACCUCCAUUGCAAAGUGAACCGUUUAAAUGACAAAACGGUGUCAUGGGUUCGGAGGGCAGGUGAUAAGAUGCAACUACUUUCAUUUGGCCAUCACGUAUAUAGUACAGAUCAGCGUUACGAACUUUUAUUUAAAGACCCAAACGAUUGGCAACUCCGUAUAUCUUAUCUGAAUGAAAGAGAUGGAGGUCAUUAUGAAUGCCAGGUAUCAACUCAUCCACCAAUCGCAUUCACCGUUUAUCUAGCUAUAAUAGUGCCUCAAUUGGAAAUAACAGAUGAAAGAGGCGUACAAGUAAAAGACAAAUUCUACUAUGUGGGUAGUACUAUAGAGCUAAAAUGCUAUAUAACCAAAGUACCCCAACCAAGUCAAUUCAUUGUAUGGCGUCACGAGACGACAAGCCUAAAUUACGACACAAGCCGAGGCGGUAUCAGUGUGAAAACCGAUAUACUGACAAAUGGCGCGAAGAGCAGGCUUUUCAUUGCCAACGCACAAACUUCUGACUCGGGAAAGUACACUUGUUCACUAACUGAUAUAGCAAGCACAUCAGUUACAGUACACGUAUUAAACGGAGAAACUCCGGCCGCGAUGCAACACGGCGGUAGCAAUCGGUGUGGUAGGCUACAUUCACUGUGGGUGAUCAUCACAUUUGCAUGGAUAUUGUUUCGAUUAAGUUGACAUGAUUAAUACGCGAAUGUGCACUGUGUUCCAGACCGAUAUGUUACUUAUUAUAAUUAACUAUUGUUAACUUGAAUCAUAAAAGGAAAACCAAAAUAAUCCCGAUAACCCGACGGACAUGGAUGUUAAAUUGAUCGAUUUACACUCCGAAUGUAUACAUAAUAUUAUAAUAUUAUACUCGUAUGUUGUCUUUGUUGAGUUUUUAAUCACUCUGUAUUUAUAUUUGUAUUAUAUAAAAUCUAUAACUCCUAUCACAGUUAUUAUAACUAUUAUUAUUAUUAUUAUUACUAUAUAUUAUACUUAAUUAUUAAAAAAAAAAAAAAAAAAAAUUUAAAAAACCUAUUAAAUAUUAUACUGAUAAGUUUAGAUGAAAAUUAAAUACAGCUUGUAUAAAUUAAACGAUACAUAUUAUAA